GAUCGUAUUGAUCUGUAUAUGUACACGAUGGAAGAGUCUUUGGUCAGCUUACGCCGUGCACUGGAGCUAGUGGACUGGGAUUACUAUUACGUUGCCGUGAUGUGUGAAUAUGAAACUCUUCUCUUCGACGUUUUCAAGCAACUCAACGUGCAGCUGGACAUUGCGAGACCAAAUUACAUCUACUAUCUAUCCAAGGAAGAAGCCCAUGCACUGACUGUAACCCUUCCGGAAGGAUUACGGCUCGCUUCGCUCAAACCGGAAAAUGCUUAUACUGUCAACGAUCAUUGGUCUCUCCGGGAAGCGGGAUCAGAAUUUUCGCUUGAACGUUUGAUAUGCUGGAACCCUUCGAUUGGAUUGUACGAUUCUUCCGAUAAUUUACUCGGUUGGUGCGUUGUCACGCAGAUGGGCGUUAUUGGAUCGCUCGGUGUUAUCGAAAAGCGCAAGGGAUACGGAAAGCUUGUGUUGAAAGGAAUAGUAAAAAAACUGGCCGAAAUGGGGUUCUGUUCGUAUGCUAGCAUUCUGGUCAAUAAUGAACCUUCCAAGGCUCUGUUUGAAAGCGUUGGUUUUAAGAUUAUAAAACGAGUGAAUUGGAUUCGAAACUGUGAGAGAAAGCUUGUAGAAUGGAAGUCAGGAGCGACGAUUGUAAAGGAGUAG